AUGAACAGUUUUUUAUCUACCUCAAGAAAAAGAGACGUUGCCCUUGUCUUUGCUGAUCCAGGUAUUAUUACUAAUAAUCAGAAACGGGUUUUAUUUGAAAUAGAAGUAAAUACACGAAUUCAUGAAGUAAAGCCAUUCGCUGAUGUAUCACAAUUUAGUUCAUUUGAAGAAUAUGAAAUAUUAUUUAUGUUAGGUUCGAUAUUUAGAACUUCUAGCAUUCAAUAUAGUGAAGAAGAAGAAGUUUGGAUAGUAAAAUUGAUUUUAUGCUCAGAGCAAGGAUAUACAUUAACAAAUAUUUAUUCUUCAUUAAAAGAAGAUAUAGGCGAAUAUGUAGGCGUCCUUGAACUUGGAAGAAUAUUAUAUAAAAUGGGGAAAUAUGAUAAAGCGGAGAAAUAUCUUAAUCAAUUAUUAAAUACAUUAAAAGAAGAUAGUUUAUUGAUUGGACGAUGUUAUCAUGCUUUAGGAAUUAUUGCUAGCGAGAAAGGUGAUUAUGAAAAAUCUUUACUAUUUUACAAUAAAUCAGUUGAAUUUGAAAUAUUGGCUCUGUCUAUCGAUGUCAAAUGA